AUGGUCACAUUCAACUGCGAAGUUUGCAAUGCUACUGUCCCCAAGAAAAAUACUGAAAAGCACUACUACAGAUGUCCUGAUGCGUACUAUACAUGCAUAGACUGUUCAAAGACUUUUGAAGAUGGUGUAAGUUAUAAACAGCACACACAAUGCAUAAGUGAGGACCAAAAAUAUCAGAAAUCCUUGUACAAGGGCAAAAAGCCGAAGCAAAAGGAGCAGGCACCUGUGAAGAAGGUCGAAGAGAAGGAAAAAACUGGUAAGCCCACUGUGGAAAGCAAAGUUUCAAAGUCAGACUCCAAAAAGUCAACGUUUCCAGCCAUGAAAAGUGGUGAAUCACUUUAUAAAAUCCUGAAAACCGUAAAGGACAAAGACACAAAGAAAAAGCUGUUGAAAAGUCUGGUAGUUAGUGAACAAGGUAGCCUAGUUUUACAAUAA